AUGUUCCAUACAUUUGAAGGGUUUGAGAAUCCCACGGCAGCGACGCCUGCCCGUGCAGCGCGCCCUCCCAACCCAGAACGCCGUGACUCGGUCACUCGACGAGUCACUACACUUCGCGCCUGUACGUCAUGUCGACACCGGAAGAUCAAGUGUGAUGGCGAGAAGCCAUGUGAAGCAUGCAGAUGGUAUAAGAAAGCCGAUCAAUGUCACUACUCAGAUCCUCGUCCAUCCCGCAGACAUGUGGAAAAGCUGUCCACAACACUCGAUGAAUAUCGGAGUAUUCUCUCCAAGCUCUUUCCCAACAUUACGCCAGAGUCGCUGGUGAAUCUCUCACGCGAGAAACUGCUAGAACUGGCGACAGGCACUACUUCCGCAGCGUCGCUGACCCAGGUGCCGCCGGCCUCUACAGGGGCUCAUGCGGCUCUUCAUGCGGCCUCACCGGCUACAUCGGGCUCCGGCGAAGCCCAUGUGUCUCCUUUGUCCAACGAUGACGAUAACCUGGAGUCGUUGCAGAGCAUGCCGGAGGAGCUGGACGACAGUCGUCCCGGCUCCACCGAUCUGGUGGAAGUGGUGUCGGACGAUGUGAACGCCCUUUCACUCUCUUCUCGACGGCCGUCCUCCUAUCUGGGAGUCUCCUCCAUCCAAGCAGUGCUCAAAGUCAUUGUCUGGCUGGAUCCCGGGAGCGCGGCCUUUUUCUCCAGAACCCCGCCCACUCAUCCACGCGACCGCGGUAGUGUCGACUUUGAGAUGCCGUCCGAGUGGAAUCAUGGUGAAGGUUCGCUGCAAGGCAAUCAUUUCAUCCCCCCGACCGAAAUGCAGAUGCUCGAUGCCUACUUCCUACAUUUCCAGGCCUUUGCGCCUUUGAUCGACGAGCAAUCCUUCAGGGAGACCUACAUGACCGGCCACCGCAAAGAUGAUCAUUGGCUUGCCUUACUCAACAUUGUCCUCGCGCUCGGCAGCGUGGCUGCAUCGACGCCGGACGACCAUACACACCAAACCUAUUUCCUACGGUGCAAGAGCCAUCUGAGCCUUAGCUCACUGGGCAGCUCCCAUUUGGAGACGAUUCAAGCUUUGGGUCUUAUGGGGGGUUGGUACUGCCACUACAUUAUGCAGCCUAACCUCGCAUACUCACUCAUGGGCGCCGCGUUGCGAAUGGCAGUGGGUCUGGGUCUACACAAGGAGUUCGCCGAGAGUCGUCAAGCGCCGAGCCCUAGCAAGUUGGCCUCGAUGGAUCUCAAACGACGGGUCUGGUGGUCACUAUUCUGCAUGGACACUUGGGGUGGUAUGACCCUGGGCCGACCCAGCAUGGGACGGUUUGGGCCCAACAUCACAGUGCGGCCCCCGAAUUGUCGGGACAAGGACACUGUGCUCGAGAUCCUCCCAUUGGUGGAAAAUAUUCGAUUUGCGAAGAUUGCAACUCAAGUGCAAGAGUCCCUCGCAGCUGCUCCACUUGUGAAGCAUCAAGAGAUGGCCCACGCAGAUACUCAACUGCUUGACUGGUGGGAGAACCUCCCACCUGUGCUCAGGGACCACGAUGCGUGCUCUGAAUCCAUCAGGACCGUUCGAACCGUCAUGAGAUGGCGGUACUACAACCAGCGGAUGCUGCUUUACCGGCCUACUCUCCUCAGUUACGCUAUGCGACGUGUACCCUACAUCGCGCUUCGGGCUGAGGAGCGCACAGCCAUUGAGAAAUGCCGUGAGGUUGCCGAACAAUCCAUUGCAGAUAUUGCCGCCACCGCACAGCUAAAUCAGCUGUGUGGGUGGAACGCCGUCUGGUGGACCUACCAAGCAUCUCUCGUCCCCAUCCUGGGUCUGUUCCUGAAUGACCCCACCGCCGACGACGCCCGCGCCUCCAUCGAAUCAUGUCAGGCGCAAGUUGAGAUGGCGUUGGCCACUCUCGCUCGCAUGCAGACAUUUGGCCACACAGCCAAGCGGUCACUUGACUCGCUUGCCCGCAUCUACGAGGCCAGCAAGCGGGGGCAAGAUCUGUCGGGGUCGAGCAGUUCCGGCUCCCAACCCGCCAAUCUUUACCCCGGUGGCCGUGACUCCGGCAUGAUGUUUUCGCCACCUGAACCUGCCCGAUUGAGCAUGGCCAUGGGCGAGAAUGGAGCCCAAGAUCCCUUGGCCCCGCCAUUUGUGGAUGACUCAGGCCAGUACCUUUGGGAGUACCUGAGCUGGAGCGACCAGAACAUGUGGCCGGGGAUCACCGACAUCGACAAUCGCAGCGAGGCCAUGGCUCUAUUGACCCCUGACCACGAGAAAGGGCCCAAAUUCGGAGCCCAUCCCUACUUCGAGCCUAUUCCUGAUUCAUAUUUUGCAAACCCCCCCGUUUAUUAUGGAUAA